UCUCAUCUUAAUUAAAAGCUGGGGUUGAAAACUCCGUUCAUAUCUCGUCUUCAAGAACUGAUCACGGACAUGGCUUCAACCAUCAAUCUCGGACCCCUCCCCAGCAAGAUCACAGGCAGUUGCCUCUGCGGGAAGAUCGCUUACAGAAUCGAUUUUCCCGAGGGGCACGACUUUGAAGAUAGUAGCGGCACCUGCCAAUGCACCCAAUGCCGGAGGAGCACGUCGUCCCUCUUCUUCAUGUACCACAAAAUCCCAUAUGCGUCGCUGACCUGGACCACGCCGCUGGACGCGCUCAAGAAGUAUUACUGCACCGAAGGCAACGCGCGAGGGUUUUGCGGCGAGUGCGGCUCGUUCCUGUUUUGGCGCCGUGAGUCCGGCCCCAAUAUUAGUAUUGCCAUUGGGACGGUCGAUCCGCUGUACCUUUGGGGUGAAACGUGGGAGGCGUCAAAUGGAGAAGUUCCUCAGGGCGGGUUUGGUAGGGCGCUGGCCAGCAGUGGUGGUGGCCAUGAGUGGGUCAAGAACGAGAUUCCUGGGGUGACGGACAACCUCGAGCUUGUCGGUGUUGGGGGAAGAGGAGAGAGGUUCUACUCGGAAUAGGUGCUCCCGGGACUGAGGGCAUGCUUGUUUGUGUGGGAUAUGAGGGGGUGCUGAUGUGGUAUCAAUAAGUACCGGGCCGAGUUUCGCGGCCUCCUAUCGCACAACCUAAGGGCGGAGUGGUAGACAAGUCUUCAUCAUGCAAUAAGAUGCAAGCGAUGUUUACUUUUUUUGUAUGUUAUUCUUUCUUAAGUUGUUUAUGACUGGGUAAGAUGCCCAAUCGAAUGUGAAGGUGGUGGUGUUGGUUGUAAAUAGACAAGAUUUUGGUGUUUGUUGGUGCAGGAAGGCCCUAUCCUGACUUGUCAGUCUCGCCAGUGGAUCAUGGACUCGGACUCUUCUACCCAAAAGAACGAUCCCUGGCUCAUCAUGGCAGAUUCGGGU